AUGUCUUGCUGCUUGAAAUCUGGUGUUUCUGUGAGUGGGUCCAGUGAGAUUAUGGCCAAGAACAGAGGCAGAGAGCUUCUUCUUCCUCUUGAAAUUGGGAAAUCACUCCCCAAGGGUGUUUUGGGCAGAAAUUUUAAUGUCUCAGAUCAGAAACUUGUUAGCAGCUACAACAUUAAAUCCCCCCAAAUGGAUCUUGUUAAUGCCCAGCCAUCAGUGUGUGUAAGCAAAGCCCUGAGAUGGUGGGAAAAGUUUCUUCAGCCAAACAUGGUAGAAAUCCAGUCAGCACAGGAGCUUGUUGAUUCAUUGUUGAGUGCUGGGGAUAAAUUGGUCAUAUUGGACUUUUACUCACCUGGCUGUGGAGGUUGCAAGACUUUGCACCCUAAGAUAUGCCAGCUGGCCGAAAAGAACCCGGGCGCGGUUUUCAUGAAGAUAAACUAUGAAAGAAACAAGGCAAUGUGCUAUGCCUUACAUGUCCAUGUCUUGCCAUUCUUUAGAUUCUAUAGAGGUGCUGAGGGCAAAGUUGGUAGCUUUAGCUGCACUAAUGCCACCAUCAAGAAAUUUAAGGAUGCGCUUGCGAAACACGGUAAUGAUCGAUGUAGUCUUGGCCCGACAAAAGGGUUGGAUGAGUCGGAGGUUUUUGCAUUGGCAUCGAUCGGCUUGCUAUCGGGAGGCUCGGGACUAAGUUCGACUAACGAUAAUGAUAAGAGGAAAGAUUUGGUUGUUGAUGAAAAUGAGUUGUGCAAACAGGGUAGUGCCAUGGUUAUGGCUUUUAGCUAG